AUGUGUGCUAUGGUUAAUACAAACGGCAUUCACCGCAAACGGACUGUAGUUAACAAUACCGACAAUGAGUUUGUGUCCAACUAUUGCCAAGUGAUGAAGUUUACGGUGAAGAGUGCGGACCCAAUGAAUGACACGAAAGGCAACACAAAAGAGAUGUAUUUCCCGAAGAGUCUGGAUCUGGAGAGGCCUAAGAGGUCGCGAACCAACUUUACGUUAAGACAAUUGCGAGAAUUGGAGAAAUGUUUUGCCAAAAAUCAAUAUUUGGUGGGAAAAGAGCGCAAAUCUCUAUCUAAACACCUGGAUCUUUCAGAAGCACAGUAUUUGGGAUUGAAAUCCGUUAUAAUUAAGUCAAACAAAUAUACAUUUUACCAAAAGUAA